CAGAUCAGUGGUGCCAUAAACUCUUCUCAGCGCCCCUCUAAGCAAGUGGUUUCCAAACCUCCACUUGUGUCCCAUUUCAUAUUGAGCCUCUGGAAAGAUGAAGGUCUGUGGGCCUGUGAAAUGGUGGAGUGGGUGGUCAGGGAGGGCUCCCCAAGGAGGAGAUGCAGAGGAACAGGCUCCACUAGUCCUGCUUUCUCCCUAAAUGCCACUCCAGUGACCUAUAAAGACAGAAGGCCAGGGAGGACAACAACAUUCUGGAAGACAAAAUGCCUUAGCAGCCUGAGAAGCCAGAAACCCAAACCCCUGCACGGUGUGAAGGAAGCAAGCAGCUAGCCACCUGGUACAGCAGACCACCCGGGAAACUCUGCACCCAAGGGCGUGUGAAGAUGACGGUCAGGGAAGGGUAAAAGUCUGUAAAGGGAGCAGAGAUGCCCAGUCUCCUCUUCCCAGCAGGGAGUAGAGGGUAUGCUGUCCAGAGAGGCUUCGUACUGGGGGCACUGGGCCCGGCUGAGGGUGAGGUUAGGUGGCACCCUAAAAAUGGAGACCAAGGGAAAAUCUGCAUACCUAGAUUCUGUUACCUGCCACCCCCAAACCUGCACCCAGAAUCCCCACACGAGGCCUGCCAACCAUCAGGUCCUCAACGUUGCACACACAGCUUUCAUUUACUAUAUGAUGUCUAGAUUCUCAAUAUGAAAAGCCAGUGGCCAAGGAUUACCAGCUUUGGAAGAAAACCUGUAAAGAAACACCAAAACAAAGUCAAUGCAGGCAAAGAUGAAAACAUCAAACAACAACCCAAACCUAAGGUAAUUAAUACCUUCCCAAAGAUGAGAGGCGGUUUGAAGCUGGGAAAGAACUAUGAUGGCAAAGAUAGACACAAACUCACAGAAGAACUGGGAGUUAAGUAGAUUAAAAAGAAAAAUACCUAGAAAAAAAGGAGGAGAGAGAGAAAACGGGAAAAUUAUUUCAGGAUAUGGAAUACGUGAGUAUUAGAUCAGAAAGAGAACAAGAAGGUAGGAAUGAGAAGGAAAUUUCCCACGGUCCAAGAUGGUGAGUUUUCAGAUGGAAGUUCCUGGCACAAUGAAUGAAAACCCCACAAGGAGUGGGGCACCUGGGCAGCUCCAUUGGCUAAGCGUCGGACUCGUGAUUGCAGCUCAGGCUCAUGAUCUCGGGCUCAUGGGAUUGAGCCCCGGGCAGGGCUCUGCACUCAGCAAGGAGUCGGCCUGAGGAUUUUCUCCCUCUGCCUCUCCCCGCGCUCGUGCUCUCACUCUCAAAUAGAUAAAUAUUUUAAAAAGGGAAAAAAGAAGAGCUCGCAACUCUCCAGGAGGAAAGCUCAAGUCCUGAACAGAGGAUGGUGGAGCCCAGUGGCGCUGGACUUCUCAACAAGAUCUUGGGAAAUUUAGAAAACAGGAAUGCCUUUAAAGUUCUGAAGAGCUCUGCCGCCGCCGUUUUAAAUCCAGCUCCAUACAACGCUCCGCCGCCGACCCCGGCCGCCAGCUCCGCCACCAUGGAGGACAUGAAUGAGUACAGCAACAUAGAGGAGUUCGCAGAGGGAUCCAAGAUCAACGCGAGCAAGAAUCAGCAGGAUGACGGUAAAAUGUUUAUUGGAGGCUUGAGCUGGGAUACAAGCAAGAAAGAUCUGACUGAAUAUUUGUCUCGAUUUGGGGAAGUUGUAGACUGUACAAUUGAAACAGUUCCAGUGACUGGAAGACCAAGAGGAUUUGGAUUUGUGCUUUUCAAAGAUGCUGCUAGUGUUGAUAAGGUUUUGGAACUGAAAGAACACAAACUGGAUGGCAAGUUGAUAAACCCCAAAAGGGCCAAAGCUUUAAAAGGGAAAGAACCCCCCAGAAAGAUUUUUGUGGGUGGAUUGAGCCCAGAUACUUGUGAAGAACAAAUUAAAGAAUAUUUUGGAGCCUUUGGAGAGAUUGAAUAUAUUGAACUUCCCAUGGAUACAAAAACAAACGAAAGAAGAGGAUUUUGUUUUAUUACCUAUACAGACGAAGAGCCAGUAAAGGAAUUGUUAGAAAGCAGAUAUCAUCAAAUUGGUUCUGGGAAGUGUGAAAUCAAAGUCGCACAACCCAAAGAGGUAUAUAGGCAGCAACAGCAACAACAAAAAGGAGGAAGAGGUGCUGCAGCUGGUGGACGAGGUGGUACUAGGGGUCGUGGACGAGGUCAGGGUCAAAACUGGAACCAAGGAUUUAAUAACUAUUAUGAUCAAGGAUAUGGAAAUUACAAUAGUGCCUAUGGUGGUGAUCAAAACUAUAGUGGCUAUGGCGGCUAUGAUUAUACUGGGUAUAACUAUGGGAACUAUGGAUAUGGACAGGGAUAUGUAGACUACAGUGGCCAACAGAGCACUUACGGCAAGGCGUCUAGAGGGGGUGGCAGUUACCAAAACAAUUACCAGCCAUACUAAAGGAGGACAUUGGAGAAAACAGGAGGAGAUUGCUUAAAGUUAACCCAUCUUGCAGGACGACAUUGAAGAUUGGUCUUCUGUUGAUCUAAGAUGAUUAUUUUGUAAAAGACUUUCUAGUGUGCAAGACACAACCGUGUCCAACUGUAUAUAGCCACCAAUUAGUUUCCUUUGUUUUUACUUUGUCUUUUGCUGUGUUACGACUCGAUGUGGAUUUGUGUUUAUACAAAUUUUAUUUGUAUGAUUUCAUGUUAAACCUCAAAUAAAUGCUUCCUUAUGCGACUGUUUUUCUGUGUCAGGUACUAAAUAGCUCUGUAAAAGUGUAAUUUAAAAUAAGCAAUAAUUGAGGCACAGUUUAUUUUGUAGGGACUUUUGGUCCAUGAGGAAAAUCUGUGGUCCUUUAUGAAUAGCCAGCUACAGUGUCACCCUGUUCCCCAUUUUUGUUAAAUGUAUACUAUUCUCUAAGGCUUCAUUUCCCUGCUGAGGAUUCCACCACACUUUUAAUGUUUCUUCUCUGUGUAUCCGGAGAUCUUGUCAUAAUGUUGUCAUUAGUGGAAGAUUUCCAGCUGACCAUCAAUCUUCUGGACUGUGUUUUUGGAAAAGUGCACCUUUUUGGCACAAGGCAUGUUGGUAGCUCCUUUCAUGAAUAGAAAUGAUUGUGGCUUGUUUGCUUCUAUCUCUGGGAAGCCAUUUAUUAUAUGCUAAAUCAGAAUCAGUCUGCUAGGAAGAGCUUUGGCUAAUCAUAAUACCAUGACUUUAAUUCUCUUGAUUAAAAUGUCCAGAUACACACAGGGAAAGGCACUGUUAAACUGUGUAUAGGAGCUGCAGUUUAAGAGUAUCAGAGAUGGUUAAAUUUUAACAAGCAUUUUGGCAGAUAGGUGGGUUGAAACUUGAGCAAAAGUUAGAUUCAGUUACUUGGAAGUGUAGUGGCUGAGGAAAUUAGUUGUAUUCUGUUCUGUAUUGUCACAGCAAGCACCAAACUGAACAAAAAGUUUAAUAUUGGGACAUUUUCAGGAAGCUAUUUUGGGUAUUAACUGUUAAGGUGGUGUGAGUUUAAGAAGUCAUGGUAGUAGGUUGCAUCAUUUUUAAUGCAUUAGUGCAUGAGCUGAGUAGUUAAGCAUACCCAGAUUCAGACACAGGAAAGAGUAGUGGCGGGAAAUACACUUCAAAUUUUACAUAUGUCGGUGCAAAUCUAAGUGACCCAGUCAUUAAAACAUCUUCCUGGUGCAUCAAGAGGCAGUUUUAGCUUUAGAUUUUGGAGAAUUUCCUGGGUAAUUAAGUUUUGAAUUUUACGUUCAGUGUAGUUGGUACUAAGAUAGAAGUUUUGUUUCUGUGGUUCCACAUUAGUCUCUAGUAUUGACCUACAUGUUCACAUGUGGAAUAGUUGAUCUCACCUUCAAACUGUAAAUUUUUCUUGCUGAUGAACCUGCCUUUUGUUUUAUUUGGUGCCUGCAACUUCCUUUGUUCAAUGAUGUUUGUACUUGCUGGCUAUCAAGUUACAAUGCACUUGGCCUCCUUUUGCUCUUGUUUUGCUAUUUGACCUUAAACCUAGGCCAAGUACCAAGGUUGGUUAUUGCAAGGGACUGUUUAUUCUUUAAACAUGCAACCUUAGGGAACAAGGGAGAUUUUCAUUUUAAGUUAUGUUGUCAAAAGUCUGUAGGUGCAGCCUUUAGGGCAGUGAAUCCUGUUAAGUUAAAAUUUAUGAAUAGGUGACAAGUUGACAUUGAGAUUGUCCUUUCCCUGAGCAAAAAUGAAUAAAGGCUUUUUAAACAAAAAAAUAAAGUUCUGAAGAAAAUUGUUUCUAGAAUUCUCUACUGAGCCACGCUGUGAAUUAAAGGUGGGAAAGAAUUAACUUCAGCAAAAUGAGGGAGUCGACCAAGAAGGGGCCAUGGGAUCCAGGUGCCAGGCUCUGGCACUGGCUCACGGAAGCCCUGGAUGGCAUCACGGAACGUCCCAGAAGGCAGCAGUGCCCAGACAGGAGCAGGAUGGGCUCCAGGGGAACAUGAAUGGAAACCAGUGGGUAGUGGUUAAAAAGAGAUACAGAGGUGCCUGGUUGGCUCAGUCGGGAAAGCAU